AUCCGUGUAGGAGCGCCCUAGAAUCUUGGUGUGGGAGACACGUAGGAUUCUGGGACUUGUAGUUUUCUUCCAAUUAGAUCGGCUUCGCGGACUACAUUUCCCAAGAUGCACACGUAACAAGCCAGUCCCACUGUUGGGUGAGAAUUGGGGAAGAAGAAGAAUGAGUGGAUUGACUUUCAGGCCGACAAAGGGCCGUUGGAUCACCCACCUCAGCCGGCCGCGUUCUUGUGGACCCUCGGGGUUAUUUGUACCGCCCAGCCCUCCUUUGGACCCUGAAAAGAUCAAAGAGUUACAGCGCUUCAUUAGCCUUUCCAAGAAACUCCUCGUGAUGACAGGCGCGGGAAUCUCCACCGAGUCCGGGAUCCCAGACUACAGGUCAGAAAAGGUGGGACUUUACGCCCGCACUGACCGGAGACCCAUCCAGCACAUUGAUUUCGUCCGCAGUGCUCCGGUCCGCCAGCGGUACUGGGCCCGAAACUUUGUGGGCUGGCCUCAAUUCUCCUCUCACCAACCCAACCCAGCACACUGGGCUCUGAGCAACUGGGAGAAACUGGGGAAGCUGCACUGGUUGGUGACCCAGAACGUGGACGCUUUGCACUCCAAAGCAGGGAAUCAGCGGCUGACGGAGCUCCAUGGAUGCAUGCACAGAGUCCUGUGCCUGAACUGUGGGGAGCAGACUGCCCGCAGGGUGCUGCAGGAACGCUUCCAAGCCCUGAACCCCAGCUGGAGCGCCGAGGCGCAGGGCGUGGCUCCCGACGGCGACGUGUUCCUCACUGAGGAGCAGGUCCGGAGCUUUCAGGUCCCGUGCUGUGAUCGAUGCGGCGGCCCUCUGAAACCGGACGUCGUUUUCUUUGGGGACACGGUGAACCCAGACAAGGUUGACUUUGUGCACCGGCGUGUGAAAGAGGCGGACUCCCUACUGGUGGUGGGAUCAUCCCUGCAGGUGUACUCUGGUUACAGGUUCAUCCUCACCGCCCGGGAGCAAAAGCUCCCAAUAGCCAUUCUGAAUAUCGGCCCCACCCGGUCUGACGAUUUGGCUUGCCUGAAGCUGGAUUCCCGCUGUGGAGAGUUGCUGCCCUUAAUAGACCCGCAGAGACAGCACUCUGAUGUUCAAAGGCUGGAAAUGGACUUUCCUCUGAGUCCCGCUGCUCAAGAUCCCUAAGGAUCCCCCCACCCCACCCGUUGCCCCUCCAACUCUGCAUCCUAUAGAGGUGGCAAAGCCACGUCUAGAGGCCAGGCACCCUCCUGUUUACAGAAAUGAGAGCUGCCCCCUAAGGAAAGACUUUUCCAAAGAAGUAGCUGCUCUUGAUGGAGUAGCUGUGUCGCCUUCUGGUAACCAGGAAGAAGGAUCAGGCAGAAGUCAGUAAACCACAACCGUCUGUGAGGGGCAACGUGGGGAUAGAUCUCACUCAUUCAGGGCAUUUAUAAUUCAUUCAUAAUUCCAAAUGGAUGUGUCUGACUGAAGCACUUUGAUAUUUCUGAUGACAGGAGCAAUGGCUAACACAGCUUUUUAAAAAAAUUAUUAGCCAAAUAAUAAAUUAUUUUUAAUAGCA